AUGGCGGACACGCCAGUGGUGGACAAACCGAGCCGACAAGCAGAGUUGCUGGGUGUGUCUAUCAUGCUCACAGUCUUUUCUUCGAUUUUCGUUUCUGCAAGGUUGUGGACUAGACUCUUCAGGUCGAGGUCGUUCGGUUGGGAUGAUGCUUUCCUUGGACUGGCGAUGGCAGGAAGCUGGGCAGGGCAAGGCCUUACCAUCGCCCAAGUCACGAGAGGGCUGGGCCUUACGAUAUCGAAGGUUCAGCCAUCCAACUUCGUACCAAUGCUCAAGUACACUCAAUUCGCAAUAUUCACGAAUGGCAUUUCAAUGUGCUUCAUGAAAGUCGGCAUCGGACUAUCGCUCCUGCGCCUUAAUCUGAGCAAACCACUCAACUGGGCUGUGGUGGGCUGCAUAAUCCUCAGCCUUCUGGUGAACCUGAUUGUGUUCCCGGGUAUUUUUGGGCAGUGCCAGCCUAUGAACAAACUGUGGGAUCCCAGCGUCGAAGGCACCUGCUGGCCGGAACGUGCUAGUCUAGCAUUCGCUUACACGCAGACAGUUGGAAACAUCCUGACCGAUUUUGCCUUCACUUUUGGGCCCUUGUUUUACCUUUCCAAAGUCAAGGUUUCGCAGUACAACAAAUGGGCACUUCGAGGCGUCUUCCUCAUAGGUUUGCUCGCCACUGCUUGUGCCAUCGCAAAGGCAACAGAACUUCCAAAAAACGAAACGUCAACAGAUCCUACUUAUGACACUGUCUCUUUGACACUUUGGGUCAUCGCCGAGAUCUCAGCCGGUCUGUUUGCUGCCUCCCUGCCUCCCCUCAAAAGCACCUUUGAGCGUAUCCUGGUGCGAGUAUUUGGCGUGCACUCGGGCCUCACCACUCCUUCCGCAACCAGGACCAAGGGGCAUAGCUACACAAACAGUCGGACCCUGCGGUCUUCACGCCGCCCACCCCCAGGCAGCUCCAUGGGCACUGGCUUCGAGUUCGAGGAGAAUAUGCCGCACGGAACUGCAACGUAUGUCAUGGGAGACAUGGGCAAGAUGAAGAAAAAGACAGACAAUGAAACCAUUAGUGUUGAAGAGGACCAGAAACACAUCCUUCAUGCAGGAAGUGUCAAGACCGGCAGCGAGGGGAAUGAAAAUGAAGGGCCCCAAGGAGAUUGGAUAACGAAGACGAUCGAAUACACCGUGAGCGAUGCUCAGUCUCUGCAUAAUCGCGGAAGGGACUGA